CUCCUGCGUUCAGUCACCAGUCAGCUGGAGUACGGUACGGAAGGUGUUUUGCAAUCCCAGCAGAAUCCGCCGCCAGACCGCUGAACAUCUGCACUUGAGCGCCAACCGGAACAUGUGUAGAAAACGUCGCAAAGUGCAUCAUUGAAAGUCGUAAACAUUCUCUUGCACUGGCAAUUAAAUUACACUCAGCAUGGCAUCAACUCCGUUAAGGUCAUCCGAACACGUGCUUGAGAACGCGGAAAAGCUCCGUCCGACGGUGCUGUCAGCGAUCGAUGAUGAGUCGAACAAAAAGGCAAUAAAACUAUCGAAGCCUCCACAGAAGAAACCGAAACCCAAACUGGGUGCGGAUUUCAUCCCACCGGACGGAGGCUGGGGUUGGGUUAUCGUACUAGCGGCUGGCUGUUCGAACCUGUGUACGUUUCCAGUACUGCAACAGUUCGGGAUGCUUUUCCGUGAUCGAAUGAGUGAGCUGGGAAUCAGCUCCUCCGAGAUUACAUCCUUCAUCAACACCAACGCGGCGUUGAUGUCGAUCGUCGGUCUGAUGAAUGGGCCAAUGUUUCGGAAGUUCACCUUCCGCCAGGUGGCAUUUUGCGGAGCUUCCUUAGUAUCCCUAGGACUGCUGCUAACCUCCAUAUCCAACUCCUUCCUGACCUACCUACUAACUUUCUCGAUUCUUUACGGGGCUGGCGUCGGCAUAACGGCAUCGGCGAACUCGCUAGCGCUGAACACCUACUUCAAGAAGAAACGCCGACACGCAACCGGCUUUUCGUGGACCGCAACGGCCCUUGGGCCGAUCGUGGCACCGCACAUCAUCACGUACCUCCUACCGCGGUACGGCGUCGGUGGCACCGUACUUAUCUUCGCCGGGAUCGCAAUGAAUGCCAUCGUGUGUUCGCUCCUGCUCCAACCGGUACAUUGGCACGCCCAAACGCUCCCCCUGGUGGACGCAGAAGCCGCAAAACCCACCACCGAACCACUGUGUCAGUUUUGUCAAUCAACCGUCCAUCCACUGCGCAAGGAUCGCAGUCUCCUUUCGAGUCAGUACCUGUACAACGCGGACGACGCGCAUGUUACCGGUUACGAAAUCAUCGAUCCGGGAACCCCCAUGCUGGCACGAGCCAACGACGGGCUGUUCUCUCUGUACGGAUCCCGAGCAACGCUCGGCACCGCCAGCCGAAUGCCAUCGUCUCGUCCUUCCUACAUCAACCUGGCUACCGCAGCGGAAGCUGCAAAGCGUGAACUUCUUCCAGAAACAGCACCCGGUGGUGGUACCGUCAUGCACCGACGACGAUCGAACACCUUCAGCCGGGAGAAGGAAGUCCUCAAGCUUGCCUCCCGCAAGCUGGAACAGAUUGUCGAUGACGGUCCGGGUGAUUACUGUACCUGUGCACAGGAACGAAAGGCCCUGCUAAGCCAAAUUAACGGAGCGGACGUCGAAGACGCGGAGGAACUACCCAUCAAGCUAACGUUCCUUCAGAAGUUUGCUAUCUUUUUCGAUUUAGAUCUGUUGAAAGACCUAAUUUAUGUCAACAUCAUGGUCGGCAUCACGUUGGCCAACUUCGCCGAGUUGAACUUCUCGGUACUGACCCCGUUCGUGCUCGGUGACUUCGGACUGAACAAGGAGCAAAUCGCCAUGGCGAUGUCGCUGCUCGGUGCGAUGGAUAUCUGCUGUCGCUUCAUAAUACCAUUCAUUGCCGGUAAGAUCGGUUGGGAUAAUCGGACGUUUUUUCUGUUUGGUGUUCUGAAUAUGGCCCUGGGACGGAUCGUUAUAGCUCACUUCCAUAGUUACCCGGUAGUGUUGACCGCCGCCGGUUGGAUAGGAUUCAACAAGGGUCUGCGGACAGUAUUCAUGGCGCUGGCCAUACCCUCACACGUGCCUCUGGAUAGGCUUCCGGGAGCCACUGGCAUUCAGCUGCUGUUUUCCGGGCUGUUUUCACUCAUCGUUGGACCAGUUGUUGGAUUCAUUCGAGAUCAAACAAACUACACGGUCACCCUUCACUGUCUGAACAUCACGACCUUCGUGACCGCCCUAAGCUGGGGACUGGAGAUGUUCAUUCUAACACCCAGGCGAUUUCGCCCGGAAACAACCGCCACCAGCACAAGGCAACAACCGACGGCCGUCAUCAAAUAGUAUUCCACGGAAAAGUAUCUUUUACAGUGUAAUAAAAUACCAAACUUUAUUUAUUGGUCUCAUUCCGAGGAAAACCCUCAAAAAC